UCUACCUCUCUCUCUCUUACACACACACACACAGAAUGUCUUCCACCCUUAUCCAUGGCAAAGACGAUGGAAUCUACAGAUCUCCAAGGCCUCCCAUUUCCCUACCCCAGGACCCCAACUUCUCCAUGAUCCCGUUCCUCUUCAGAAAACUCUCCUCCACCUCCACCUCCGCUGCCCUCAUCGACUCUGAAACUGCCGAAACCCUAACAUUUUCCGACCUCAAAACCCACGUUCUAAACCUCUCCCGCGCCCUCAUCAACCUCAACCUCUCCAAAAACGACGUCGUCUUCCUCCUCUCCCCUAACUCAAUCCUCUUCCCCGUCGCCUUCCUCGCCGUGAUCGCUGCCGGCGCCGGCGCCACCACCGCCAACCCGCAAUACACAACCACCGAACUCUCCAAACAGAUCAAAGACUCCAACCCCAAACUCAUCAUCACCACCCACGAACUGCACAACAAGAUCAAACAUGUCAAUCUCCCCUGCAUCAUACUUGACGAUAUCAAUCACACAAAUCACAUUCUCCACAAUUCAAACAAGAGUAGUUCACAUUCAAAGAAGUCGGAGCUCCACCUCUACUCAGACUUGAUCACAUCGACAACGACAUCAGACUGGCCACUUCCCCGCGUCGCACAAACAGACGUGGCGGCGAUCCUGUACUCGUCGGGGACGACGGGGACCAGCAAGGGAGUCGUGCUGACGCACAGAAACUUCAUGGCGGCGGCGAUGAUGACGACGUCGGAUCAGGACUCGAGCGGGGAAGGCCAGAACGUGUUCUUGUGCUUUACUCCGAUGUUUCAUGUGAUGGGACUGGCGGCGGUGGUGUACGCGCAGCUCCAGAGAGGGAAUACGGUGGUGGUGAUGCCGCGGUACACGGUGGAGACGAUGUUGGGGGCCAUUGAGAGAUAUGGGGUGACGCAUCUGUUUGUUGUGCCGCCCGUCGUGAUAGCGUUGGCGAAGCAGCGGGAAUUGGUGGCGAGGUUUGAUGUUUCGUCGGUGAGGGAGAUCGGAUCGGGGGCGGCGCCGCUGGGGAAGGAAGUGAUGGAGAAAUGCGCCACAGUGUUUCCACUCGCUGUCUUAUUCCAGGGGUACGGCAUGACAGAAACAUGCAGUUCUAUUUCAAUGGAAGACACGAAAGCAGGUUCCCGGCAUUCUGGGUCGACCGGACUGCUGAAUCCGGGUGUGGAGGCUAAGAUAGUGAAUAUACAGAGUAUGCAGCCUCUGCCUCCUCUCCAAACCGGAGAGAUUUGGAUUCGAGGCCCCAACGUCAUGGAAGGCUACUUCAAGAAUCAGAGGGCGACGAUGGAAACUCUAGAUGAUGAGAAAUGGCUGCACACGGGGGAUGUCGGCUAUUUUGAUGAGGAGGGCAGGUUAUAUGUUGUCGACAGAAUCAAAGAACUCAUCAAAUGUAAAGGCUUUCAGGUUGCACCAGCAGAGCUGGAAGAGCUGCUUCUCGCUCAUACAGAAAUCGAAGAUGCUGCUGUUAUAGGACUUGCUGAUGACGAAGCGGGUGAAGUCCCCAUCGCUUACGUCGUCCGAUCAUCCAGCAGUUCAAUAACCGCUCAAGAGAUCAAACAUUUUAUUGCCAAACAGGUUGCGCCGUUUAAGAGGCUGAGGACUGUGAUUUUCACUGAUGCAAUACCAAGAUCAGCGUCAGGAAAGAUUUUGAGGAGGGAGCUCAGAGACAACACUGUCAUCUCCAAAUUAUGAGAAAUUAAGCAUGUUUUAUGAAAUAAGAUAUGUAAUUAAGUGUCUCGUGUCUUCAAAUUACACACACCAAAAAAUAAAAGAUACCAUUACAUUAA